UAAGCAAAUGGGGAGUUAUCUAUCUUGUGCUUCAUAUUCUUCCGUUAUGCCAUAUAACACUGUUAAAGUUCUGUUUUUUAAUGGUGGUCUGCAGGAAUUUCACACAGAGAUGAAGGUUGCAGAGAUCAUGCUGGAAAAUCCUCAGCAUUUUGUGUGUCACUCAGAUUCUCUGGAGGUUGGCCGGCGAAUAAAUCCUCUGUCAGCAGAUGAUGAUUUAGAAGUUGGGCAUCUGUAUUUGGUUCUCCCAAUGUCCAAAUUGCAGAGUGUGCUUUCUGGCUCAUUAAUGGCCUCCAUUGCAUUCAGGGCUACCUCUGCCAUGAAGAAAAGCUCAAAGAAUGGUGUGAAGACUCUUCUAGGGCUUGCGGGUGUAAGACCACUUGUUAAUGGAGAAGGAAUGUACCUGCAAGACAAUGGUCAUUUGGGUGGAGAAUUCCAUCAAGAUCUGAAGACUGCCGAGGUGCCAAAGUUGAAUAUGGAAGAUCUCUCUGAAUUGCAGAUGGGUUUGGGAAAAUAUAUUAAAUUAAGCAGUUGCAGGUCUUGGAAGCCAAGAUUAGAAACCAUUAUAGAAGCUGAAAGGGUCAGGGUAUGACAAAGGAUCUUUUCUCUAAUAUGUAAAAUAAGUUAUAAGAAAUUGGUGGAAUAAUGUAUAGAUUUUGAAAAACUUAAUCA